AUGGCAUUCAGAGGUCGCGGCGGUGACCGUGGAGGCGGAGGCCGUGGAAGAGGUGGUGGCGGAGGCUUCAGAGGCAGAGGUGGUUCCAGAGGAGGAGGCUCCAGGGGAGGCGAUAGAGGAGGGUCGAGAGGUCGCGGCAGGGGAGGUGAUAGGGGAGCUUCCAGGGGCCGUGGUAGGGGAAGUUCAAGAGGUGGUGCCAGAGGUGGUUUCGGCCCUCGCCCAUCCAAGUUCAACGACGCACGACUUGCCGACAAAGACGAAGAUGGUUCUGAGGAGGACGAUAUUUCUGAAGAUGAGUCCAACGUUUCUGAGGAGGAGAUUGAGGGGUCAGAAGAGGAGGACGAGGAGGGGGAGGAGGAGGCCCAAUCUGGCCAACCAUACAUGAGUCUCUUGAAGAGCUUCCAAAGUGCGACAAAGUCGAAGAAGAGAAAGCUGGAUCACACUGAGGAGGAAGGGCCGAACAAGGCGACCAAGACGGAAGAUGACGACGACAGCGACGACGAAGACGACGACGAGGAGGUGAAGGAGGACGUGGAUGCGGUUGAUGAGCCAGAGGAAGAUCCCCAGGAUGCACCACUAGAGGACUUGUUCGACGAAGAUGACGACCUCGACGAUUCAGACCCAUUCGAAACUCACUUUGCUGCCCCAGACGAGGCGACAUUCCAGGCAAGGAUAAAGGCCGUUCAGGCGAACAAGUGGAGGACCGACAGGAUAGCGCAAAACUCCAACAGGAUAUACUACAACACCCCCGAGACAGGCGACUCUACUGAGCGGAAACUUCCUCAUUCCAUUUCGGGAGUUGCCGACCUCAAGCUGAAGAAGAAACUGGCCGAGUCGAUGGCUAAGCACACCGAGUUCGACGAGGCGGAGAAGGCAGUAGCACCUCUCCUCUUCAACUACCAAGACAUGCUUUACUGCAACCGGACAGUGGCAUCGUCUGAGAGCAUAAGGCGGAUGGCGUGUCUUCAUGCGCUCAACCAUGUUUUCAAGACUCGUGACCGUGUGAUCAAGAACAACACCAAGCUGCAAAGAGACGACACCCUUGAGCUCAGAGACCAGGGGUUUACCCGCCCCAAGGUCUUGAUGCUUCUCCCUACCCGCCAGUCAUGCGUCAAGAUGGUCGAGAUGAUCUGCGAGGUUGCCUCUCCGGAGCAGCAAGAACACCGCAAGCGUUUCGAUGAAGGCUACGUCGACAAGUCCACCAAGUUCUCCGACGACAAGCCCGAAGACUUCCGCGACCUCUUCUCCGGCAGCGACGACGACAUGUUCCGCCUCGGCAUGAAGUUCACCCGCAAGACCAUCAAGUACUUUUCACAGUUCUACAACUCGGACAUCAUCUUCGCCUCUCCUCUCGGUCUGCGCAUGGCCAUCGGGUCCGAGGAGGAGAAGAAGAAGCUGGACUACGACUUCCUCUCGUCGAUCGAGCUCGUCAUCGUCGACCAGGCCGACGCCCUGCUUAUGCAGAAUUGGGAGCACGUCGAGUUCAUCUUCGAGCACCUCAACCUGCAGCCGCGCGACGCCCACGGGUGCGACUUCUCGCGCGUGCGGCCCUGGUACCUCGACGACCAGGCCAAGUACUUCCGGCAGACGGUCAUCUUCAGCGCCUUCAAUACGCCCGAGCUGGCCGAGCUGCAGCGUCUGCACUGCCACAACUGGGCCGGCAAGGCCCGCCUCCACCCCGAGUACCCGGGCGUGAUCCAGUACCUGGGCGUCAAGACGCGGCAGACGUUCAGCCGGUUCGACGCGGGCUCCAUCGCCGCCGACCCGGACGCCCGCUUCGCCUACUUCACCAAGGCCAUCGUGCCCACGCUGGUGAAGCGGGCCAAGGACGCGGCGGGAACGCUCAUCUUCAUCCCGUCGUAUCUCGACUUUGUGCGCGUGCGCAACUACUUUGCCAACAACCCGGACGUGGCGAGCGUCACGUUCGGCAACAUCUCCGAGUACGCCGACACGCCCGAGGCGUCGCGCGCGCGCUCGCAUUUCCUCACGGGCCGCCACCGCGUGCUGCUCUACACGGAGCGUGCGCACCACUUUAGGCGGUACGCCAUCAAGGGCGUCAAGCGCGUCAUCUUUACGAAGAGCGAGCAGAGCCUGAUGCUGGAGCACGGCCUGGGCACCGUCAAGGUCAUGUUUAGCAAAUAUGAUAUCAUGAAGCUGGAGAGGAUCGUGGGCACCAAGAGGGCCGGGAAGAUGAUUACGGAGCAGGGCGAUACUUUUGACUUUGUGUAA